AUGGAUGUAGAGGAAGUCAUAAGCCAGUCCGCUAAUUGGAGCUCUGCUGUUAUUUGCAUGGUGCUUGGAGCAAACCCACCCAUGGCUAUGUUUGAAGGGUUUAUCAAAAGGGUUUGGGGUCAUUUAGGGAUUGUGCAGAUAGCAAGGAUGACAAUGGGUUUGACAAUGAUUAAAUUUAAUAAUGAAGCCACAAGGGAUCAGGUUUUGGAAACUGGAAUUUUACACUUUGACAGAAAACCAGUGAUUAUUCGACCCUGGUCUCCAGACUUGAGUGCAUUUCGAUUGAUUCGGUCAGUCCCCCUUUGGAUCCGACUACAAGAUCUUGAUCUCCAAUAUUGGGGAAGCAAAUGCCUUAGUUCUCUUGUUAGUACCUUAGGUAAGCCAAUCAUGGUGGACAAGUUUACUCGAGAACGAUCUAGAGUUCAGUUUGCUAGAGUUAUGGUGGAGAUGGAAGUCAAUGAUAACCCACCCAGGAAAAUUCAGUUUUUGAACGAGCAUGGUCAGUUAGUUGAACAAGGGGUUGAAUAUGAAUGGUUACCUGUGAAAUGCAAAGCUUGUGCUGGGUAUGGCCAUUCAAUGGCUGACUGCCAUAAGGAGUAG